UUAAGCAUCCAUUGUUCAACAAGCCUAAUUUCCGUAAAAGUAAGUUUAAAAUUUUCGAUGUGUGCGCGUCUUUAUACAGAAUUAGCUUUCGACUUGGACUUCGCUCACUAUGGAUCAGAAUAAAACUUUUCUCCAGAACCUCAGCGAACUGGAAAAGUCCGCCAUGGCCUACAAGCGGCUAUGUCUGGAAUUGGAGUCGCUGGGAAGUCCGUCGACUCCAGCCGUCGCUCCUUCUUCUCCUCCGCCAGCGGCUCCAGUCGCCGCCCCAGGUCUACGAGCAAGUGCCUCUGAAUUUGUGCCCCUCGCCAGCGAACGCAUGCCAAACGACUUGGAAGAAGAACAGGAUGAGUACACGGACGACGACGGUUACGAUGCGGAGCGUAACAUGAAAGCUCCCAAGCCCGCAAUCUAUGGCUUGCGUUUUUAUAAUCAUAACAAUUAUGAAACCGAGGAUGUGAGCGAAAAUCACUUGGAGGCGGAAAAGAAGAGGAAGUUUGGGUAUAGGGCACCCAAGUUUCGCCCGAACCAACCAACAGGUCGGCCACCAAGGACGGAAACGGCCACCGUUUCCACUGCGAGGACGCCCAUGGAUUUGGCCAGCGGACAGCCGCACUUCAAGGGACCCUACAUGCCGCUCCUGCAGCACAGGAUUGCAAAUGCGGAGGCCUAUGGCCUCAUCCGCGGUCCCAACGAAAGGAACAGUCUGCUUUUGGAGGACAUGGUCAAACAGUUGUCGCGUCUGGACAAUUGUCCCAUCAAUCUCAACUCGCUUUUCCGCGGCAGAGGUCCACAGAACGCCCCAUCGUAGAUACCAUAUAAAUAUCUAUCAAAUUGUACAAGUUUCUUUAUUAAAGAAGGCGUUGACUUGGUAGUCGAUUUCCUA